AUGGUUCAAAAGCAGUACCGAUUUGCCCCAAAGUCAAUAUUCACAUUUGUGUUUCUAUGUUUUGUUGCAAUAGUUGUCAUAAUAUCCACAUCAUCUUUAGUGCAGGUUGAAGAAUCGUUAGAUCCAAUCGAAGUAUCAGAUGAAAUUAAGAAGCAUGAUAGAAAAGUAGUCAUUUUCCCAAGCAAUUUCCAAUCUGCUAAUAAUAAAUUGGCCGAUUUUUUAACAGAAGCAUUUGGACAAAGGCUUAAUAAAGGCGAUAUAGUGUACAAAAAUCGAGAUACUUACGAGCUACCGCAAACAGUGUAUACUUGGAAUACUAUCGAUUUGUUUCAAUCAAUUGGUGAAAAAGAUAACUUGAAAUGUGAAAAAAUACCUUUAAAUUUUGAAAUCAGCAAGAUAUACAACAAAAAUGCAGAUUUAUACAAAAUACUUCGAGAUUUUAAAAAUGAAAAUAGUUUUUACUAUAAAGAAGUUUCAGUGUUUUUUCCAGAUUUAGGAAAACAACUACGAGAACGUACCAUUGAAAAACAUUGGUUUCAGUUAAUAGGCUCGUCUGUUUGGCUUGAACAGUAUGGUGUUCACUUAAUGAUAUCAAGAGUCAUAUAUACCAAGACGGGUAACAAGGUACAACCAGUUAUAUCGUUGUCAUAUGUUCAGGCGUUUGAUCGUAAUUGGACAGAAUUGAAAAAUGUAACUUUAGUUGUACCAGAUAGCGGUAAGGCAAAGUUCAAGACGGUCUCGUAUCCGUCGUUUAUACCGAUUCCAGUGUACCACAACGUCAACCAACAACGGGGAAAGUUUUAUGGAGUAGAAGAUCCAAGAAUAAUGCUAGUCAAAAAUAAGGAGGGGUAUGAAGAGCCAUUGAUCGUAUACAAUUCCUUCAAUCGCAGUCCACCAAAUGCUAACUAUUUGGAAGAGAUUAAAAAUCUUGUAAAACUUGAUACUUAUAGAUCAAUUUUUAUGGCGUGGAUAUGGAGAACUCAACUCGGGAAAUCCAAUGUAGGUCUGCUGCUACCAGAUUUGGCAACAACAGACGAUCAUAAAUAUGUCAAGGUUAAAGAAUUAAGCUUGCCUAAUAAAAAGAGGCCUAAAACAGAGAAGAAUUGGACACCAUUUGUCAUAUAUGAAGAUCAGAAAAAACAAGGUUAUGAUUCCCAUCUAUAUUUCAUAUAUCUGUUUCAAGACUUGUCGAUUCUAAAAUGUUCGCUUUGGGAUGCUGGAAACUGUAUUUGGGAGUAUCGAAUGAAUAAUAAAAAGACAAAAAUAUCUGAGCUUCGUGGAGGAACUGAAUUAAUGAACGUCAACCAACUACUAGACAAAUACAAUUUUGCUGGUUUGGAAACAGUGAAGGAUCAAUUCAAAGGUAAAGAAGUUUGGAUUAGUUUUGCUCGAGCAGCGUUAAGUAAAUGUGGGUGUGGACUGAAAAUGUAUCGACCGAAUUUCACAGUACUAGUGAAACAGGGGGGUAGAUUUCAAUUGUCUUUUGUGUCGUCGUAUAUGGAUUUUGGUGUGCCAAUAUUACCGUGGGCUAAAGGAAAAGGGUUAUGUAAUGGCAAAAACUUACUUAUACCAAAUGGAAUAUCUAAUUGGGUUUUGGCAAAAGACGAAGGUGGUGGUUUUCAAGAUUAUAUGACUCUUAGUUUGUCGAGAUCUGAUUCUACAGUUGAUAUUAUACACAUGAAGGGAAUACUAAAGUCGAUAUUAUCUGAAUAUUUAUUGCAAACAAACAGAGAUGUGCUUAAUAAUAAUGCUAUACAUUGUGCUUUACUUGAAUCUGAAAGCUAUUGUAAAAGUUAUGCUGAAAAUUAUAGAGCCCAUUUAAAGCGAUGGCAAAAUUAG